ACGAAUGAAUGUGUGGAUGGUUUAUAGAGGGACGUGUAAAAACCUAACGAGCACCUUGCUUUCUAAGCAUGGCAUCAAAGAAAAGUGAAACCGUAGACGAGCUCUCUGAGGACGACAGCACGCGUGACUGCGUGAAAAGUGAGCAAAUUUCAAAGGCAUUAUUGUGGUCAGUAAUUCUCUCCGCCCUCUUCGAAACAAUGCGUGGAGACUGCGAGCUUGUUUUUCCUUGUAAUGCUGCUGGACCAAAAUGAACUCCCUAAAAUGAAUUGACUGAGGUUUCAAACCUGUAUAUGUUUAAGAAAAAUAGACAACACAACUGUAGUCGAUUCAAUGGAAAAUGAUCAAUAGGAAGACAAGGUAGCUAGCGCAGCCAUGGAAAGGACGGGCCAUGGAAGAGGUGUACAGAAGCCACCUGUGGCCCCUAAACCGAAGGUUGUUCCACCUCCAAGACAUAUGCAGCAUCCUGUUGCUGUAAAACCUGCAUUCAAGCAAGAGGUUUCCCAGCUACAAAAGCAUGCUGCGAGACCUUUUUAUGCACCUAAACCUUGUCUUUAUGCAGUUCCCUUAGAGUCCAAACCCCUCACUUCGAGAGGUAUGCAUCAAAUACAUUUUAAGUCUUGGCAAGUGGAUUUACUGGAUAACACAAAUGGACAUCUUCCAGAAUACAAAAAUCCUGAACAAGAUUAUGACAUUCCAAUAAGUGUUUGUGCUGAAGGGAAAUGUCAUGACUGCUCACCUAAGGACAACAGCAAAAGACUCACCCAACAUGAAAUAUGUACUAAAAGAUAUGUGAACAGCAAAGCAGAGAAUUCUAGAAACCCUGCUGUCCGAAAAAGGAACAAUCAACACACAACUCUGGGAAUUAAGGGUCAAUCUCAUAAACACCCUGUACAAAACUCCACCAGUGCACUGCCUGCGCGAGCAAUAGUAAUUCAUGACAAAGUUCCCGCAGCUGGGACAUCUUACGAGAAUGUCCCAAUAGCUAAUGGGUCAGUAAUAGCUAUUCAGAGUGUACUUCAGAGCAGUGCUAAUGGUACUCAUGUUGUUUCAAUGAAGGAGAGUGUGCCAGUUCUGUCUCACAAGAAAGAAGGCACCACAGUUGCUCCCAUAAAACUUCCUGCCAGUGAGAACACAUCCCCAAGUGGAGUUGCUGAAAUUCAGUGUGAUGAUAUGAGACUGCCAAUAUCUUAUCCAGACUGGAAGUCUGUUUUGUCAGAACAGAGGCAGACACAGCAUGUGCACCUAGCUGGACUCUCUCAGAUCACAGGCAAGAAGGAGUGCAUGAGCGUGCAAGAUGUUUACAAAAAUGAGCAUUCAGUGGAUGAAGAACCUAAUAUGAAGAUAUACAAAUGUCAGUGUCCCACAGCAAUGAAUCUACCCAAGCAACCAAAGCCUAAUAGUUUUGCAGCAAAGCAAGUCCAUUAUCAAAACAAAGGAAAUGUCUCUACUGCAUCAAAGUUGGUAGUUAAACCCUAUCAAGACAUUGUGUCAAACAUCACAAAAUGGGAAUCUAAUAACAGCACAACCAAAAACCCAACAGGCAAAAAGCCUAGAACUAAAAUGCAGGCCAAGGCCAAAUCUUUUUCCCCAGCAGACAUCAAUCACCCUAAUGUCCAGAAAAAGACAUCUUCCCAGAAGAUAAUGGCACUUGACCUUUCCAUGAAAACGUUGCCCAUGUUUGAUGAGCAAACAGUGGAUGAGGACUGGCACUGGCAUGCUAGCAGGAACCAAAAUGGAACUUGCACUCAGGUCUCACUGUACAGAUCACACGAAGUCAAGGUGCAAGGCAAAGACUUGUUAUACAAGCAAGCAUUCUCAGUUCCAUCACAUGCCAUUGAGCAGAGUGUAGAUGAAGAAACUAAUCUGGUGGGAGUAGGAAAUGCUUUAGAAGAAUACCAUAUAUAUGAGGAUAUUCCAGACUAUGUAAAUGUUCCUUCUCUUAGUAGUGAAUAUAUACAGAUGCAACAACCUACCACAAUCCAGCAAGGACACUUAUCCAAUACAGAGGAGGACGUAUAUGAAAAAUUUGAUGUUCCUGGUGAAUUCAUUAACACCACAGUAGACCAAAAUUAUACUGAGAGGAAUGUGUAUGAAGAUGUGGAAAGCUCAGAUGAUACUGACUCAGAGGGGGAAACUGCUAACAGCUCAGAAGAAGACAAUAACAGUUCAGAUUAUGGCAAUGGGGAGUAUCAGAAUGAUGUUAAGAGGACCAAGUUGUUCCACAUAGCUAAAGAGAUCAUGACUUCGGAGAAAGUGUUUGUUGACGUGUUGAAGCUUCUAAAUAUUAGCUUCCGGGAUGCAGUGCUGAAGGCAUCCUUCCAGUUGGGCAAACCUGUGAUUGAGGAGCGUGUUCUCAACCAGAUCCUCUCCUCACUUCCACAGCUCUAUGAACUGAACUGUGACCUCCUUCGUGAGCUGGAUGACCGCAUGGCCCACUGGAAUGAGAACUCUGGUGUAGCUGAUAUAUUUUUAAAGAAAGGGCCGUAUCUGAAAAUGUACACCAGUUACAUUUGUGAGUUUGACAAGAAUGUGGCCCUACUGGAGGAACAAUGCAAAAAGAACCCAGCAUUUGCAAAAGUAGUUCGGGAAUUUGAGAGCAGUCCCUGCUGUGCUAAUCUAGCAUUGAAACACUACAUGCUGAAGCCCAUUCAGAGGCUUCCUCAGUACCAGCUCCUCCUAUCAGAUUAUUUAAAGAAUCUUAAUGAAAACUCUCCAGAUUACAAAAACACAAAAGCUGCCCUGAGCAUAGUAAAGGGAGUAACAAACCAUGCUAAUGAAAGCAUGAAACAAGGGGAUAACUUUCAGAAACUGAUGCAAGUCCAGUGCAGGCUCACAGGACAGCAUGAGAUUGUGCAGCCUGGCAGGGUGUUACUAAAGGAGGGAACCUUGAUGAAACUCUCUAGAAAGGUCAUGCAACCAAUAAUGCUCUUUUUAUUUAAUGACACUCUGCUGUAUACCACAUCAGUCCAGUCAGGCCAAUACAAAUUGAAAAGUAUGCUGUCAUUAGCGGGGAUGAAGGUCAGUAAACCCAGUCAAGAGGGUUAUCAGAAUGAACUGAACAUUGAAAGUGUUGAACGCUCAUUUAUUUUGUCUGCUAGUUCCCCAGCAAGUCGAGACGAGUGGCUGGAGGCCAUCUCUGCUGCUAUUGAUGAUUACGCCAAGAAAAAAAUCUCCUUCAAUUCAAGCAAAAGUCAUGAAGAGGGGGACAGAGAUGGCCCAGACAGCACACUUCAGCUGGGGUCCAAAGCUCCUAUCUGGAUCCCCGACCUGCGGACCUCAAUGUGUAUGAUCUGCACAUGUGUGUUCACUCUAACCUGGAGGAGGCAUCACUGCCGAGCCUGCGGCAAGGUGGUAUGUCAGGCCUGCUCUUCCAACAAGCACCCUCUGGAAUACCUAAAAAAUCAACCUGCAAGAGUGUGUGAUCAGUGCUUAGAGAUUCUGCAACAAAACAGCUCUGGUAACCAGACACCAGGUUCUUUUCUAUCUCCAAAUGCCAAACCCUCCAGUACAUUUCCCUUUAGAAGGCAGAAGAAGAUCCCAGCAGCCCUGAAAGAGGUUUCUGCAAACACAAAUAAGCCAUCCAUGAGUGGCUAUAUGGAAAGAAUGAAGGCCAAUAAGAAACCGUGGAAGAGGCUCUGGUUUGUCAUCAAGAAUAAAGUGCUGUACACUUAUGCUGCCAGUGAGGAUGUAGCAGCCCUAGAGAGUCUGCCUCUCCUUGGCUUCUCUCUCAGAGAAAAAGAGUCUGAAUCCUUCCAGCAGUUUUGGCUUUACCACAAAGAUGUGCUCUUUUACACCUUUAAGACAGAUGAUUCAAUUAUCUACCACAGGUGGGUGGAAGCUUUCCGGGAAGCUAUGGUCCUAUAGCUUUCACAGCGAUCUCGGUUAUCGGAUCCAGUUCCCGAUGCAAAACACAAACGCUAUGCUCAGUAUUUAAGUAUAAAGUAAUUAAUGGUUGAGUAUAUUCAUGUUUCAUUUUCUUGACACAAAUCCAGAAAUGUUGUGUUGUAAAUUUAAGCUAUUAUUAUUAUUAUUAUUAUUAUUAUUAUUACUGUAUAGUAGUGAUCUGCAACUUUAAACUUUAGGAUUCAGUAUAUGAUCUAAUUGACUAAGUUCUUCUUGUUAACAUUUUCGGCCAGCUGUAAUUGUUUAAUAUGUUUUGUAAUAUUUCAGGAAAAUCUUUUAUUUUAACUACAUAUUUUUAUAGCACUUUAUCCUCCCUUGUCUGCUGCAUGGAAUGGGUGGAGAGAUACAAAAACAUAACU